AUGGCGGAAGAAUGGCAAUCCCGCAGCGCCCAAGGAUACCAAACCUUCGCCGAUCCAGUUAAGCGCUGCAAUGCCAAAACCAACGGUAGCGACAAAACCGAGACCUUCAGUCAGCCACCCUCCGAGAAAGCCAGCGCCUACGCCAGCGCAUACUGCAUACUGCGAGAAUCGCUGAACGAUCGUGAGGCCACCACCGAGGACUUCAAUGCCUUCCUCUCGAUAGCUGCACCCCAUGCGCUCCCAAAAGAGGGGCUAUUGCAUCUUCGUGCCAUCUUCCUCGUUGGCGCAUCUGGCUCAACGCUUCAGCCUGACCAGAAGAUCCAGUUCGAAGGUGGAGUCCUGCAACACGCUUCCAAGCUAAUGCUCAUGGCACCCAUAGCACUACAUCUCGGCAAAAAGCUUGUCGCUGUCAAGGUUCUCGAGAAAGCCAACCUCGAGGCAUUCGGUGCAGCGGCCGGGAAGCGUAUAUAUGGUGGAGAUCGAAUACCUGAGGGCAUUCCAGAGUGGUUGAAGAAGAACUAG